CAGAUGGUUAACCGACUGAGCCACCCAGGUGUCCUGCGCUGGUAUUGACUAAGAAGUAAUUUUAAAUACGUCCCAUUCAAUAUCUGAGACAUAUUAAAAACAUUUUUUUGUUGUUGCUUAUCUGAAAUUCAAGGUUAACUAGGCAUCCUGUAUUUUAUCAGGCAACCUUACCCAGGAGAAAAAUUUGUUAGUUUUUCAAGUUCUAAAGCAAAUGACUAUUCCUAGAUAAAGUCUUAAGUCUUUUUGGGGGGCAGUUUGUUUUUCUCUUCUCUACUUUUACAUCCCAACCUACUCUAUUCAUUAUAGUAUUAUCUUACUCUGCUUGUAGGUGCUUGAUUUUUCACAUUCAGACCCUUAACCUCCUAUGGGGGAAAUGUUUGAUGUUCAUUUUUGAAUUCCCAGUCGUGGAGAAGUUUAAUGAUUGAAAUGGUUAUUGAGUAAACAGUUACUGAGAGUCACUAGGUGUAAGGGAUGAAGGGGAACUAGCAUUUGUGAAUGGUCUUUUUGUAUGCUAAAUAUAGUGCUGAUUGUUUUUGCAAUGUUUAAUGCUCAUUAAGGCCCCAUUAUAAAUGGUUGGGCAUAGUCUUUGGCCACAAGGAGAAUCACAUUCUUUUGAUGCCUAUUUGACAUAAAUAACUGAUGUCAUUCUAGUUUCCAUCACCUUUCUGAGAGAGCAGGGCCUAGGUUUAAUGGAGUAGAACUCGCGUUUCCAUAGCAACAGUAGGUCCUUUAAGAAUCGAGAGGAACAGGAAGUGCAGUUUGCCUUUCCGGUUUGUGAGCGUGACGUCGACACCCCGGAAGCUGACGCUGCGCGGUUGCAUAUGGCCGCGCCCUGUAAGGAUGCCACUCGUGGUGUUUUGCGGGCUGCCGUACAGCGGCAAGAGCCGGCGCACGGAGGAGCUCCGUGGGGCGCUAGAGGCCGAGGGCCGCGCGGUGUACGUGGUGGAUGACGCGGCGGUGCUGGGCACAGAGGACGCGACCGUGUACGGCGAUUCGGCCCGUGAGAAGGCGUUGCGCGGGGCUCUGAGAGCUGCGGUGGAGCGGCGCCUGAGUCGCCACGAUGUGGUCAUCCUCGACUCCCUUAACUACAUCAAGGGAUUCCGCUACGAGCUCUACUGCCUCGCGCGGGCGGCGCGCACCCCGCUCUGCUUGGUAUAUUGCGUACGGCCAGGUGGUCUGAGCGGGGGACCUCGGGCGGCGGGUGCGGCAGACAGCCACCAGAACGCCAGUGUGAGCUGGAGGCCGCGCACUGAGGAAGGAGGGAGACCUCUGGCGGCCAGCAGCAGUGUCCUUAGGGAACCCCAAGCAAUGGACUUUGUAGUAAGUUCAAGAACCCAGGCCGACGUACCUAAGGAACUGGAGCAGGAGGAAACCAGGGCGCCAGAUCUUCCAGCUCUUGUGACUCCAGAAUUCGGUAAAUCUGCAAAGCGUGUGUCUAGUGCCUUUUACCCUCCUGAACUUAUGGAGGCCCUAACGCAGCGCUUUGAGGCUCCAGACUCUCGGAACCGCUGGGACCGGCCCCUGUUCACCUUGGUGGGCUUCGAGGAGCCUUUGCCCCUGGCAGAGAUACGGGCUGCCUUGUUUGAGAACCAGGCUCCCCCACCCCAUCAGUCUACACAGUCCCAGCCCCUUGCCUCUGGCAACUUUCUGCACCAGUUGGAUCAGGUCACAAGCCAGGUGUUGGCGGGACUGAUGGAAGCGCAGAAGAGCGCGGUCCCUGGAGACUUUCUUAAGCUUCCUGGCACCACCGAGCACCUGCAGUUUACCCGGCCUUUGACCAUGGCAGAACUGAGUCGCCUCCGUCGCCAGUUUAUUUCCUACACCAAAAUGCAUCCCAACAAUGAGAACCUGCCUCAGCUGGCCAACAUGUUUCUGCAGUAUCUGAGCCAGAGCCUUCACUAACCAGAGGGAGUGGGGGGGGCAAGCCAUGGCUCCUCGUCUAACCUCCACUGCUCUCUGGUUUUCUUGAUAGAGUAGUCUCAAGGUCUGCAGAGUAUGUUGGUGUGUGAUACUAGAGCUGUUGUGACUGAUUUACUCGCGCUUUGCUCUGUGCCAGGCCUUGAGUUUACAGCAUAAAUUGAGACUAGAAAAAAAUGGAGAACUGGCUUGUUGGCACAUUUCUCCAGGGGACAGAGCUCAGGUGGACACGGUUCGUUUAGAUUGGAUUCUACUUGGGAUGUCACACAUUGAUGAUUUCUCCACUUGUGGGAGAGCAGACUGGAUGGGUGAAUUGUUUUAAAACAAUUAUGAGCAGGAACUGAAGAUGGCUCAGUUCUGCAUCUGCACUGUCCCUUCAUUCAUACCACAAACAGUUUUUUGAGUACUGUGCCUACUUCUUGCUAGUCUGUCCUGGGGCCAGGGGGUCACAGAUAAAUCCACUGGUUUCUGUCCUUGGGAAGUUUUGGUUUUAGUGGAAGUGAAAGACAUAACUACUAGAUUAUUUCAUCUAAUAAAAUCUUUUAGAAGAA